CCCGCCGGGAGGCGCGCAGGAGGUGGCCGCAGCCCUGGGGCCACCGCGCGCUGCUGCCCAACAUGGUCGCUGCGCACGCUGCACACGCUCCGUCCUCGGGCGAGUGGAUCGCCUGCCUGGAUAAAAGGCCGUUGGAACGAUCCAGUGAAGAUGUGGACAUAAUUUUCACGCGCCUGAAAGAAGUUAAAGCCUUCGAGAAAUUUCACCCAAACCUCCUUCAUCAGAUUUGCUUAUGCGGUUAUUAUGAGAACCUGGAGAAAGGAAUAACACUAUUUCGCCAAGGUGACAUUGGAACCAACUGGUAUGCUGUCCUAGCCGGGUCUUUGGAUGUUAAAGUGUCUGAGACCAGCAGUCACCAGGAUGCGGUGACCAUCUGUACCCUGGGAAUUGGGACAGCCUUUGGAGAGUCCAUUCUGGACAACACGCCCCGCCAUGCAACCAUCGUUACCAGGGAGAGCAGUGAGCUUCUCCGCAUUGAGCAGGAAGACUUCAAGGCACUAUGGGAGAAAUACCGACAGUAUAUGGCCGGACUUCUGGCUCCUCCCUAUGGUGUUAUGGAAACGGGCUCUAACAAUGACAGGCUUCCUGACAAGGAGAAUACACCUCUCAUUGAACCUCACGUUCCUCUCCGUCCUGCUAACACCAUUACCAAGGUCCCUUCAGAGAAGAUCCUCAGAGCUGGAAAGAUUUUACGAAUUGCCAUUCUCUCUCGAGCACCCCACAUGAUAAGGGACAGGAAAUAUCACCUCAAAACAUACAGACAAUGCUGCGUUGGGACCGAGCUGGUGGACUGGAUGAUACAGCAGACGUCUUAUGUUCACUCCCGGACUCAAGCUGUUGGCAUGUGGCAAGUCUUGCUGGAAGAUGGCGUCCUCAACCAUGUGGACCAGGAACGCCAUUUCCAAGACAAAUAUUUAUUUUAUCGAUUUCUGGAUGACGAGCAUGAGGAUGCCCCUUUGCCUACUGAGGAGGAGAAAAAGGAGUGUGAUGAGGAACUCCAGGACACCAUGCUGCUGCUGUCACAGAUGGGCCCUGACGCCCACAUGAGGAUGAUCCUACGCAAACCACCUGGCCAGAGGACUGUGGAUGACCUGGAGAUUAUUUACGAUGAGCUCCUUCAUAUUAAAGCCUUAUCCCAUCUUUCUACCACAGUGAAACGGGAGUUAGCGGGCGUUCUCAUUUUUGAGUCUCAUGCCAAAGGAGGAACUGUGUUGUUUAACCAGGGGGAAGAAGGUACCUCCUGGUACAUUAUUCUAAAAGGAUCAGUGAAUGUAGUCAUUUAUGGCAAGGGUGUGGUCUGCACCCUGCACGAGGGAGAUGACUUUGGCAAGUUAGCUCUGGUGAACGAUGCUCCACGAGCUGCCUCCAUUGUUCUUCGAGAAGAUAACUGUCACUUCUUAAGAGUUGACAAGGAGGACUUCAACCGGAUUCUGAGGGACGUUGAGGCGAAUACAGUCAGACUUAAGGAACAUGACCAAGAUGUCUUGGUGCUGGAGAAGGUCCCAGCAGGGAACAGAGCUUCUAAUCAAGGAAACUCGCAGCCUCAGCAAAAGUAUACUGUGAUGUCAGGAACACCUGAAAAAAUUUUAGAGCAUUUUCUAGAAACAAUACGCCUCGAGCCAUCCUUGAAUGAAGCAACAGAUUCCGUUUUAAAUGAUUUUGUUAUGAUGCACUGUGUUUUUAUGCCAAAUACCCAGCUUUGCCCUGCCCUGGUGGCCCAUUACCACGCACAGCCUUCUCAAGGGACAGAACAGGAGAGAAUGGAUUAUGCCCUCCACAACAAGAGGCGGGUCAUCCGCUUGGUUCUGCAAUGGGCUGCCAUGUAUGGGGAUCUCCUCCAAGAAGAUGAUGUGGCCAUGGCUUUCCUGGAGGAGUUCUAUGUGUCUGUAUCAGAUGACGCCCGGAUGAUGGCUGCCUUCAAGGAGCAGCUGCCGGAGCUGGAGAAGAUUGUCAAACAAAUCUCAGAAGAUGCAAGAGCUCCGCAGAAGAAGCACAAGGUGCUCUUGCAGCAGUUCAACACAGGCGACGAGAGGGUCCAGAAGCGCCAGCCCAUCCGUGGCUCUGAUGAGGUUUUGUUUAAGGUCUACUGCAUGGACCAUACCUAUACUACCAUUCGUGUGCCUGUAGCUGCCUCUGUGAAGGAAGUCAUCAGCGCAGUGGCUGACAAACUUGGCUCUGGGGAAGGACUGAUCAUAGUCAAGAUGAACUCCGGAGGAGAAAAGGUGGUGCUCAAACCUAAUGAUGUUUCAGUAUUUACGACGCUCACCAUUAACGGACGCCUGUUUGCCUGCCCGCGAGAGCAAUUCGACUCACUGACACCCUUGCCAGAACAGGAAGGCCCAACCACUGGGACAGUGGGAACUUUUGAACUGAUGAGCUCCAAAGACUUGGCAUACCAGAUGACAACAUAUGAUUGGGAACUCUUCAACUGUGUGCACGAGCUGGAGCUAAUCUACCACACAUUUGGAAGGCAUAAUUUUAAAAAGACCACAGCAAACUUGGAUUUGUUCCUGAGGAGAUUUAAUGAGAUUCAAUUUUGGGUUGUCACUGAGAUCUGCCUUUGUCCCCAGCUCAGCAAGCGUGUUCAGCUUUUGAAAAAAUUUAUCAAGAUAGCAGCUCACUGCAAGGAGUACAAAAAUCUAAAUUCCUUUUUUGCCAUCGUCAUGGGACUUAGCAACGUUGCAGUGAGCCGCUUGGCACUAACGUGGGAGAAACUGCCAAGCAAGUUUAAGAAGUUCUAUGCAGAGUUUGAGAGCUUAAUGGAUCCUUCCAGAAACCACAGAGCCUACAGGCUGACAGCGGCUAAACUGGAGCCUCCCCUUAUCCCUUUUAUGCCCUUGCUUAUUAAAGAUAUGACAUUUACUCAUGAGGGGAACAAGACGUUCAUUGACAAUCUAGUAAACUUUGAAAAAAUGCGCAUGAUUGCAAACACUGCCAGAACAGUGCGGUACUACAGGAGCCAGCCCUUUAAUCCAGAUGCCGCUCAAGCUAAUAAGAACCAUCAGGAUGUCCGGAGUUAUGUACGGCAAUUAAAUGUGAUUGACAACCAGAGAACUUUAUCACAGAUGUCACACAGAUUAGAGCCUCGCAGGCCAUAGACAUCUGAAGUGCCCAGAGUGAUGCUUUGUCUCCCGUCCACAAUCUUUCAAAAGAUGCUGUGUUUGCUACUACUGACUGUGUUGCCACUAGAGAAUUCUCCAGAAUAAGCAGAGACACAUCCUAAGCCUCCCUGCCACCUCCCAACCCCCACCC